GUCUCCCUGAUAUGAGCAACACAACUGUAAGUCAUGAAUAUCCCCGAAGAGAAUGUCCCCGAGGGCUGGACGACUGAUCCCAUGAGGGUACAAUACGUAUUGGCAGACUAUUGGGCGGGAAUCGCAAGUCGCUGUGGGCUUGAAAGUCCGGUUGCCCUUAUGUGUACUACCCCGGAAUCUGGAGACCAUUACGGUUUCAUUUCGGCCGGGGGGAAGUACUACUUCAUAAACGAACUGGAGUAUUCUAUUCUUGAGAUCCUCAAGCCGACGAUUUUGGAGGAAAUUCUGAAAAUGAUGUGUAACGGCCGGCAGAGGUUCAUUCGUAUGGAGCGCCUGGAGGAAGAGCUUACCGAGGAGUAUCUGAAAGAAGAAGAGGAGGAGACAAAGAAGCAUGUUGCUUUGAUGGAAAAGAUGAGGGCCGAACCGGGAUACCUGGACUGGCAGGCGCAUGACUCGGACCAUAGUUAG